CACGCGGGCGCUCCCAGAGCCUCGGCGGCGGCGCCCGGCUCGGCAGCGAGCGGGGCGCGGGCCGGGGCCGGGCGGGAACCGGAGCCGCAGCCGCCGGCGGCAGGGCAGCAGCGCCGAGGCAGGAGGGCGGCAAGCCGCCGCCGCGCCCCGCUCCGUUCCGCUCUCUCUCCGCCGCUCGCUCUGCUGCCAUGGGGUAGGGGGGGGGCGGCGGAGGCGCGGGGAAGGAGCGGGGGACGCGCCGUCAGGCUGCGGCCGCCGGCGGAGCGCGGAGCGGCGCCCCGCGGUGCCGGGGGACGUGAGGGGCAGCCGCGGCGGGGCUGGCGCGGGAGGCCGGGCAGGGGGGGCUGCCCCGGUGCGAGCGCGGCGGCGGCGGCGGCGGCGGCAGGCGGAGAGAUGAUCGCGGAGUUGUUGACCAGCGCCCUGGGGCUCGCCCUGUACCUCAACACCCUGGGCGCCGACUUCUGCUACGAUGACAGUCGAGCUAUCAAGACAAACCAGGAUCUUCUGCCCGAGACACCGUGGACCCAUAUCUUCUACAAUGACUUUUGGGGGACACUGCUCACUCACAGUGGGAGCCACAAGUCCUACAGACCUCUCUGCACACUCUCCUUCCGCAUUAACCAUGCCAUUGGAGGGAUGGACCCAUGGGGCUACCACCUUGUAAAUGUCCUGUUACAUGCUGCAGUCACAGGCCUUUUCACAAACUUCUCCAGGAUCCUGUUUGGGGAUGGGUACUGGACCUUGAUAGCAGGCCUGCUGUUUGCAUCUCAUCCGAUCCACACGGAAGCCGUAGCAGGGAUCGUAGGGAGGGCAGACAUUGGAGCCUGCCUCUUCUUUCUGCUUUCCCUGAUGUGUUACGUAAAGCACUGCUCUACCAGAGGUUCCUCACCGAGUACGUGGGGCUGGAUCUUGGGAACAGGGCUGUGCGCGGGAUGCAGCAUGCUGUGGAAGGAGCAAGGAGUGACUGUUCUGGCCAUUUCAGCAGUGUACGAUAUCUUUGUGUUUCAUCGGCUGAAAAUGCAUCAAAUCAUUCCUGCUCUGUACAAGGGAAACAAGGCAGAGGACAUCCUAUUCAAGAGAAAGAAUAUGACCCUCUUCUUCAGCAUUGGUUUAUUGACCUCCUGGGGGACUACGCUGCUGGGUGCCCGCUUAUACUGGAUGGGCAACAAGCCCCCAAGUUUUUCCAAUUCUGACAAUCCAGCAGCUGACUCGGACAGUUUUCUCACACGUACGCUGACCUUCUUUUACCUGCCAACCAAGAACCUCUGGCUGUUGCUGUGCCCAGAUACCCUCAGCUUUGACUGGUCUAUGGAUGCUGUGCCUCUUCUGAAAGCAGUCAGCGACUGGAGGAAUCUACACACUGUGGCCUUCUAUGCUGGACUCCUCUUCCUUGCCUACUGUAGCUUGAAGGGCUCCAGUAAUGAGAGAGAAUGCAAUGGGAAAACUGUAAUAAACGGCAAGCAGAAUGCUAAUGGGCAUAGCUACCACUCAGAGAUGGAGUACAAGACACUGGAAGUGAAGUCAAGCUUUGCAUCAAAAGAAGAGAAUGGUAUAAAAAAGCAUGAAAUACAGAAACUACAGCUUCCUUCAACUGAGAACAUUGUCAUUUUGUCUCUGUCUUUGUUAAUAGUGCCCUUUGUUCCUGCCACAAACCUAUUUUUCUAUGUUGGCUUUGUAAUAGCAGAGCGUGUGCUGUAUGUUCCUAGUAUGGGCUUCUGCCUGCUGGUUACAGUGGGUGUCAGGGCCCUUUAUGUCAAAGCCCAAAAGCGCUUUCUGAAGAACUUGGUUUUUUGUUCCACUGCUGCAUUAAUUGUUUUCUAUGGACUCAAGACUGUUGUCAGGAAUGGGGACUGGCAGAAUGAGGAGAUGCUGUAUAGGUCAGGGAUAAAAGUAAACCCUGCUAAAGCAUGGGGUAACCUUGGAAAUGUUCUCAAGAGCCAGAGCAAGAUUUCUGAAGCUGAAAGCGCCUAUAGAAAUGCCUUGUACUACCGCAGCAACAUGGCUGAUAUGCUUUAUAAUUUGGGAUUACUACUUCAGGAAAACAGCAGAUUUUCAGAGGCAUUGCAUUACUAUAAACUGGCAAUUGGUAGCAGACCCACGCUAGCUUCUGCCUAUUUAAAUACUGGUAUCAUCCUGAUGAACCAAGGGAAGACAGAAGAAGCCAGGAGGACUUUCCUGAAGUGUUCAGAGAUCCCUGAUGAAAAUUUGAAAGAUCCUCAUGCUCAUAAAAGCUCUGUUACUAGCUGUCUUUAUAACUUAGGAAAACUUUUUCAUGAACAAGGACACUAUGAGGAUGCCCUUGUGGUUUACAAAGAGGCAAUACAGAAAAUGCCAAGGCAGUUUGCACCACAGAGCUUAUACAACAUGAUGGGAGAAGCCUAUAUGAGAAUGAGCCGGCUGCCAGAGGCAGAGCACUGGUACGUGGAGUCACUGCGGUCUAAGAGCGACCACAUCCCAGCCCAUCUCACCUAUGGAAAACUGCUGGCUCUGACGGGACGAAAGAGUGAGGCAGAAAAGUACUUCAUGAAGGCUAUUCAGCUGGAUCCUACCAAAGGAAACUGCUACAUGCAUUAUGGUCAGUUCCUCCUAGAAGAAUCCCGCCUGAUAGAAGCAGCUGAGAUGGCAAAAAAAGCAGCUGAACUUGAUAAUACAGAAUUUGAUGUUGUUUUCAAUGCAGCCCAUAUGCUCAGGCAAGCUAGUCUCAAUGAAGAGGCUGAGAAGUAUUAUGAAAUGGCAGCAGGAUUAAGACCUAAUUAUCCAGCUGCCCUAAUGAAUCUUGGAGCUAUUCUUCAUCUGAAUGGUAAACUGAAAGAGGCUGAAGAAAACUACCUCCUUGCACUUCAUCUUAAACCUGAUGAUGUCAUCACUCAGUCCAAUCUUCGCAAAUUGUGGAACAUCAUGGAGAAACAAGGUUUAAAGACAUCCAAAACAUGAUGAUGAAAACGCUGAAGUAUUUUUUUCUUAAAUUGAUUAAAGCCACGAACUAGAACUUCCACACAGUUGUCCAAUCAGAGAACUCAUUGGACUUGACUGCAAGCAUCAGAGGUCUUAAUUGCUGCUAGGAGAAGAUAUUCUGCAUUUUUGGCAUAAAUCUUUUUGCUAGAUAAAUAGAAAAAGGGAGACUUUGAGAUAUUCAUGAAGGACUUGUCACCCCACAAAAAUAUUUAGAACCAUAGCACUGGAAAGAAAGUGUUUUGGCGUAUUUGAAAAAUCCUUGCAAAUCCCAUAUUGCUCAUUUUUGGGUUGAAAUGUAUACUGUCAUAGAAAUACCAAGGGAAAAUUGUACAGUAUACAGUAAGCCAUAUGGGAGUAAAAAUAGUAAUAGUAGGUUAAAGUAUUUUGCUGAUAUUGUAACUCAUUAAAAUGUAUACUAAAUCCAGUGUGUUUGCAGUUUGUCUUAAUGCUGCUGUAUCUCACUUUAGGACCACUUGCUUACCAAUUUCACAACUUAUAUGGCCAAUUUUUUUCAAACCUGUCACUUGUGAUUAGAUGACAGCAUUCAUAAUUGUUUACUGAGAAUAUGUAUAGUAUUUCAUCUUGCUAAGUUUUAAUGCAGUUUUCUUGAGAUACACAGUCAAAUGGCUUUGCCCUAAACAGAUGAGCAAGGAACUGCCCAUAUUCUACAUCAGUACAUAGUGCAUACUACAUCAGAUGUGUAUGUAGAGUGGUAAAAAAAAAAAAAAAUAAAUCCAGAGGUGUGAUUUAGCAGUACAAGCAAGACUGAUGUUUGCUCUGAUAUCAAAUGAAUGCGGACAAACUGUCAUU